CUCUCUCUCUUUCUCUUUCAUACAUAUGAUGAUACGAUACACAUAGAUAUAUAGCAGCAGCAUAUACAUAGAGUGGUCCUCAACCUCAGAACACAAUUACACAGCUUUUUUCCUUUCAUAUUUCUGAAUCUCUUUUUCUUUCUCUUCAAACACCUUUUGCCUUUAUUAUCUUCAAAGAGUAAUGAUGCAAGAACCAAGCUUGGGUAUGAUGGGUGGAGGAGGAGGGUUGGGAGGAGAGAUGUCUUCAGCAACAGGGUCCGGCGAGCAGCAACAGCGGCAGCUGAAGGCGGAGAUAGCAACACACCCGCUGUACGAGCAGGUUCUGGCAGCACACGUGGCGUGCCUGAGAGUUGCAACGCCAAUAGACCAGCUUCCACUUAUAGACGCACAGCUAUCACAAUCACACCAUGUUCUUCGCUCAUAUGUCUCUCAACACUCUCUCUCUCUCUCUCCUCACGACCGUCAAGACCUUGAUAAUUUCCUCGCUCAGUACUUGAUAGUGUUGUGUACUUUCAAAGAGCAGCUUCAGCAACAUGUCAGAGUCCAUGCCGUCGAGGCUGUCAUGGCCUGCCGUGAUAUUGAAAAUACCUUGCAAGCUCUCACCGGAGUGAGCCUGGGAGAAGGAAGUGGGGCAACAAUGUCAGAUGAUGAAGAUGAAUUUCAGAUGGAUUUCUGUUUGGAUCAGUCGAGUGGUGGUGGUGGUGAUGACAUGAUGGGAUUUGGUCCCUUACUCCCUACGGAAUCAGAAAGGUCACUGAUGGAAAGAGUCCGUCAAGAACUCAAGAUUGAGCUGAAGCAAGGAUUCAAGUCAAGGAUUGAAGAUGUUAGGGAAGAAAUCCUGAGGAAACGUAGAGCUGGCAAAUUACCCGGUGACACCACUUCUGUCUUGAAGAACUGGUGGCAGCAGCAUGCUAAGUGGCCUUAUCCAACUGAAGAUGACAAGGCAAAACUCGUGGAGGAGACAGGGUUGCAGCUGAAGCAAAUCAACAACUGGUUCAUCAACCAAAGGAAACGCAAUUGGCACAGCAACUCUCAAUCAGUUACCUCCCUCAAGUCCAAGCGCAAAAGAAUGUAAGGGAUUGAAGACAGAUUCAGGAGAUGUACGUUUAAUCUAAGAGAUGCUCGCUCGCUAGCUAUUUCUGGACUUUGAAGGAUGCCAUGCAUCAAACCCUUAGCUUUUUGUUGUCUCCAUUUCUUUCUUGUUAAUUAAUUAACUUGCCAUUGUAAAUUGUUUGCUAAGUUUCUGAUGGAUGAUGAGAUUGACCUGCUGAUCAACAAUUUUAUUACUAUUAUUAUGAUAAUUAUACAGACUAUCUAUGCUUGAUAUAAUCAAAGAUAAAAGUGGCCUUUAAGACU